UAUUCAAACCAUCAAAGUAUGAAAAAUGUUACAAAUCGGAAAUUAAAUCUCGACGAACAGUACAAUAAAAUUCCGACCGUUUAAAACAGUGAACUGCAAGUGAACAUAUUUAAUCUUGUGGCUAGUGACGUGUAGAAUUUAAUAUUUUUUAAAAAUAACACGUGAAAUUUAAAAAUCAUUUAAUAAGUGAUAUCUAAUCGUACAAUAAAUUCAUUACUAUUUGUAUUCUGUAUUUAAAACGUAUCGGAGAGAAAAUAUCGGUCUUUAUUUCUGUUUCUCGUUCGCAAUUGCUAUAAUUACAUUAGUAUCGUAUUACGCAUAAACAUUGUCUGGUAAUUUACAACGCUCGCACCGUCUGCUUCAAUAACCGUCUCAUUUUUCAACACCGCCGAAGACGUAUAGCCACGUCGGAAUUUAACUCGACGCCUAACAUUAAAACAAUGAGAAAAAGUUAUAAUAAACAGUGAAUAAUCAAACUUUACAGUAAUUCGUAGAGAAGCAAUCGACCGUUAGCAUUAUUUAUGUAUAAUUAGGGAACGAGAAAUUUUAUUACGAACGAAUAAAGUUGCUAGGAACGAGAACGCGGCCGUGCGUUUCGUCGAUACUUCCUGAACCUUGAUUUUCAUAACAGUGGUAGUAGGAAUUUAUCAAAAAUGAUAAAUGUUAGAUAAUUGCAAUUGCGAAGAAGGUCGUUCUUUAUCUCUGUCCCGUGUACAAGUGUCAGAGGAGUAUUGUCCGGUAAUUUAUCUGUCAGCCCGGCGACGGGAAAUGUGGUGAAAAAAAUUGCUUAAUUAUGUUAAUUUCCAUUGCACUUUUUUUAUCUGUCCGCGCGGACUUCUGAAUUUACGGAAACACGAGGACUCGCGAUUCGUCGGAAACGUUUCCUACGGUUACAGAGGCAUUUAUAUUCGGUCGAAUUUAUACCCACGCCCGGCGCUAACAAAUUUGCAUUCGAAGUUGCUUCGCAUUGUAGCCUGCUAAUGAGUUUCCGCGUUGAAGUUGCUCGAUGACGCGAAUCUUCGCGACUCGAAACGAGAGGAACAACCAACAGCGCCGGUAACUAACGUCCUGUCGCGUUGACGCGUCAAUUUAACGUGAAAAGUGUUACUCCCGAGAUAGGUGUGGGUCGAGUUUAAAUACAGAUAGCACAAUCGUAAGUGGAAAAUGUGAAGACAUUUUUUGGAAUCGCGAAACCUUUUGGCGGCGAGGAGCCAGGCGAUCGCUCCUCUGUUUCGUUCUGUGAAAAGAUUGGAAAAAACCUGCGCGACCGUUCGUCGAAUCGAGGAUCCCUGUUAAAGACGCCGAUGGAAAAUGAGUUGCAACGUGAUGCCGUUGAAAAAGUACGCGGAAAUCAGUUACCGCGUGAAAUGCGUGGCCGUGGAGAACGAGCGUGUGUUCGGUGACGUUUAUGUUACUCAGCAAACAAGGAAUCUCCUUUAUUGUGCCGAUGGAUAUCAGUUUCCCUCCUUGUACAGAAAACGAAACUGCAAUCUGAUACACAGGGCCUGGGAGGGUCCCGAUUUCAUGGAAAUGAACAAGAAGAAACCGAUCAGAAGGGCUAGUUUCGUGUCGGUGAAACCAACGAAGAAAUCCAUAAAGAGAUCGAAAUCGUUCGGAGACGCGAGACACGAGAUCGAAUAUGAUCGUAACAGCACCAAGAGCACGAAGAACGAAACUGAAGUUAGAUGUCCGAAGAGCUAUCCGCAGCCUCUACCCAUUCCGCUAGAGAGAAAAGAAGGAACAGUUUCUUCGUUGGUGGAUCAGCUGCUGCAGGAUAUCUACGGUUUGCCAGACGGUGACAGGGGACGAUCGGAAAGCGACUCGACAGCUUCAUCCCUGAAGACGCGUCCGCAACAUCAGCAUCUGCAAAAGGCACGUCUGUUAUGGAAAAGCACGACCGAACUCGCAGUUUUAGUGAAGAACUUGAACGACCAUAUUAAUCAUAUCGGUGGUAUACUCAUCAGACAACUGCGCCGAAAGGAUUAUCUCAGCAUCAAACGUGAAAAACAAUACGACAUUAUUACGGCUCACCUGCAAGCUCACAGCCCGAAACGAACCGAGGACACGAAAAUGAGAUUUAGCCUGACGCCGCAGCCAGGAGAAAGCGGUUUCGUACAAUGGCUGGACGCGAUGAAAAUGGUUGCCAGGUUGCAGGGAGGGAUACCGCCGAAAUUUCGAAAAGAGUUAUGGCUGACGCUGGCAGAACGUCAUCUGGAGCAGCGCGGCGUGGAUUGGAAGCAGGCUGAAAAGGUCUGCUUUAACGAGUGGAGCAAUCCUGACGAUGAAGAGCUCGGUAUACAAAUCGUUAAAGAUUUACACAGGACAGGCUGCAGUCUAUUUUGCGGCGCAGCUGGCAGAGACAAUCAGGCGGUGCUUCGUCGGGUUCUGCUUGGCUUCGCCCGAUGGAACAAGUCCGUCGGCUAUUGCCAAGGCCUGAACGUGCUGGCCGCUCUCGUUCUGCAAGUUAUGGAUCGCGCGGAGGCCGCCGCGGUGAAGGUGAUGAUCUACUUGAUAGAAGGUGUCCUGCCCGAGGGAUAUUUCGCGGACAAUCUGCGCGGCCUCUCCGUAGACAUGGCGGUGUUUCGCGAUCUUCUACGCGCCAGACUACCCAAGCUCUCGAAACAUCUCAAAGUGCUACAGAACGACGCGAAGGACAAGGCCACAGGCAGCAGUUACGAGCCACCUUUGACGAAUGUGUUCACGAUGCAAUGGUUCCUUACUCUCUUCUGUCACUGUUUACCCCAAGAGGCGGUCCUCCGUGUCUGGGACCUGAUAUUUCUCGAGGGAGACGAGAUCCUCCUGAGAACCGCUUUGACCAUUUGGGACGGACUUUCGGACCGUAUCAUGACCGUGACAUCAGCCGACGAGUUUUAUAGCAUAAUGGGAGUCCUGACGAGAGAGAUGGUGGAAUUUACGGACACGAACAAUCUCAUACAGAAUAUAGUCAGUAUGGAACCUUUGCAUGGCGUGAAGAAUUUGAGAGAAAAGCACAGAUACAAUAUCACACCGUGGGCAAGGAAACUCAGCGACGACGACGAUAGCGACACGGAGGAACAGGAAAGGCUGGCCGUGGCUGCCGCGAUGAUCAACAUGGCGCAACGGCUAAAGAAAGACAUGCUUGUAGAUCGUAUACCGCAAACGAUUGGCGUGCUACAAGCCAUGGCGCCCAGCAGCGAUCGAGAACGUCUCGCUUUGGACAUUAGUAUAUUGAAACAACAGUACGCCAAACUACGAGAACGUCAACACCAGACGCACAUUAUACUUUCCGCCGCAUGUGCAAGGCAGACCAUGGUACCACCUCCUACUUCUCAGGCCAUGAAUCAUCUUUUAGUGGGCAAAAAUGCACUCGUGAGCGGGAAGAAUCGAUCCCUGAGUCUACCUCCUGGAACUGCAUUGGCCAAGACACGACCUACACCUCUAAGCCAGAGUCGAAAGGACAGACAAGGCGUCACGCUCCAUUGGAAGGACACGAAGAAAUCGAAGCAAAAAUCUGCAAUUUCACCAGAUGUACCGGAAACCACCGUAGUACCGUUACAACCCACGGAAGCUGACCUCGCGUCACCAAAGCGCAGCAAUGGCGAUAGCGACAGCGACAGCACGUCGACGGAAUUGUGCGACGAACCCGAUCGUCUCAGUGACGUUGACAGCGAAGACCUAACGUCAGCGUCCGAGUCCUACGCCAUGGCUACGGACGAGGAGAAGAAUUCUCGAGUCGGAAGUUCUCCGUUACCAGAGACCACGCUCGAUCGCGUGUUGCCCGAUGACAAAAGCGAGCCGAUCAAUAUCGAAAUUUCGCAGGACUUGAAGCCACCGGAGGAAAACUUGAGCGACAUAUCGAUCGCCAAAAUCACCGAUCAGAUACGACGGCUAUCGGCAGAGGAUGACAAUAAUUCGAUGGUUCCUCAAACAUUCAGUACACUGAGCAAAGAGAACGACUCGUUGGCAAUAACGUCUCCGUUGGAAAAAGAUAAAUCUGUACCAGAUUUGACCGUAGAUUACGCGUCGACCGUGGAUAGUGUAAAGAAGUCUUUGGUUUUAGACGAGUUCGAUUACCUGAAUUUUAGUAGCAACAAGAUUACCGUGAAGGAAGAGGAAGUGUUGGUGCACGAAACACACAAACCAAAAACUACUAUCAAAGAAAUCGAGGGUACGUCCCUCGAGGAUGUAGCGACGAAUCUGAAAGACAAAGUCGAGGAUACAAGUUCCGCGAUUGUUCGAUUGGAGAGCUCGCCCGUAUUUCCAGAUUACUCGAGAAUAUUGGACACGAAAUUCGAUAAAAUCGCAGAUAGGGCUACCUACGAUUUGGGAACGGAGAACGAGGACCGUUACAAGACGUCUUAUGAUUUUUCUAGCAGAAGUUCCUUGGACACGAAGACAUACGACAGUUCGAAAAUAGAUAGCCUGCUUAGCGAUGUUUCGCCUACGACGAACACCGACCUAAAAUCUUACUGCAAAACGUACGUCGGUCAUCUUCCAAUUUCGCCAAUAACGGUUGAUCAGAAGUUGAGUCAAGUGACACCGACUAUACACAGAACUAAGAGUAUCGUGGGAUUGAGCGACGCUGGUAAGAAUACCGAAAUAUCGUUGGAGAAAACGUAUUUCAGCGACAGAGAGCAAACGAAGAUAUAUUCAGAUUUGAAGAAGAGUCCGAAGACACCUGAUAGUAAUAAAUCUGGCAGCUCCGGCGAGACUAUGGGGCCUGAUUCUAAGCCUUCCAGUUUAACAGUGAGUCCAAGAUCCCCGGUCAGAUCCGACUCGCGAGACAUCUUGAUGGACAAAUCGGUGUGUUCGUCGGUCAGUUCCGACUCGAAGACUCUGGUCUUCUGUUCCAUAGACUCUGACAUUACAAAAGACAGCCUCAAGACGGACACGAAGAAGACGUACGAGAAGUCUGGUUCGUCGACUCCUAUUAGCACGGAUUCGCUGAGGAUCAAAUCGGAGACGAGCCCGAAAUUGGUGGUCAGUAGCUCCAGCGACUCGUGCAGCCCGAGUAAACUAAAGUCUUCCGAGAGGUCGUUCAGUUCGGACCUUCAAUCGCCAAUAAGUGCCAACUCCAUAAAAUAUACCUCGAAUUACAAUAGACGGGGCCAGGACGACGUGUCUGGCUCGUCGAUCGACAUGAGCACCGCUACGUCGCCAUUUUACCCGAUCUCGAAUCCCAAUCAAAAGACUCCGUCUCCGUACAGCGUGUCCCGUCAAAGGUCCAGCUUGGACAGCACGGAGACGUCGCCGGAACAAAAGUCGUCCAGCUCGAAGGAGUCGAACAAGUAUUUGGGCUACCAGUCGAAGUACGAAUCCUCGUUGAAGUCGUCCGACGCCAAAGACGCGAGUAGCGUCACUCUGAAGAGCGACAGCUACGUUAAUCGAGAUUUUAACGCGAAGAAAGAAGACUCGAGCUCGAUCCUGACUGAAAGGAAAAAUGGUGACGACUUCUACCAGUCGGCUGGCAACGAUUAUUAUCGCAAGGACAAAGAUAUUCUCGAUGACGGCGCGGACGAUCCUCUGUCGGAGAAGGACGUGGUACCCUCGUUGCCACAGGAAAAAUUGGACAAGCAUUACUUGACUUACAAUUACCGGCACAGAGACCGAUCGAAAGUGUUGGAGAGAAGCUCCAGCAGCUUGGAGAGUAGAAGAUUCGACCUAAAAUCGUCUGUAUCUACGGACGAGUUCGGCACUUCCGUCGCUAAGAAAAGAUCCAGCGACAUUCUGGAGGAUAUAAAGCACUUGGAGGCCAAGGCGAACGAUGGAUCCUCGGAUUCCGGGAUGCUGACGAAGAAGAGCAGCUACAUCUGGGAGGAUCUGAAGAACCUGGAGGCCAGGAGGCAGGACACUUUUAGCAAUUCCGCGAGCAACUUUUCCAAGAGCCGUCUGGAGGUACCAGACAUAAGCGUGACCGGAGAGGGCAGAAAGUCUUACGGUAUUCAUCCGAAAAUUCAUAUCGACGAGAACAGCGACAGUAUAUUAAAAACCGUGGCUCGUAGCCAAAACAACAGCGACUCCGACGACGGUAGAGAAUCGAAGUUGGGCGUGUGGACGAAGGUGAAGCCUCGAAAGAAGAGCCACAACGGUCGCAGAAAUAGCGACAGAGCUUUGAAGAUCAUUCAGGAGAAUUCCGCUAUACUUCAGAAAAUUCUCGCGUGUCAGGCGAAGAAACGUUUGCCGGAUCUUGAGGAGAUAUCGAAAGAGAUCACUAUAAGUCCCAUAAAUGAGGAGAUUUCGAAAAUCUUUAGCCCGAUAUUGGAGAAGAUGGGACUGAACGAGCACGAGAUCAACGAGGAGCUGGCUAGGAUCAAUUUUAAAGACUUCGACAACAUGACCGCCACCAGCGUGUCCGAGUUCGACGCGAAAAUCAACGAGGAACUGUCAAAGCUCUCGCUGAUCGACGAGACGGAACAAAUAGACCACUUUGCCGUGGAUGAAAUCAUAUCGCACGAGUACUUGGACACCAGAGAGGCUCUGAUAGAUCGCAAGAUAAACGAAGAGCUGUCGAAACUGUUAUCAAAUUACGAGGAACGUUCUCCAGUGAGUAUCGCGACUCUGGACAAAGGAUACAGUCAGAACGUCAGCGAAAUCGAUGGACUCGAGUUGUCCAGCAUCUCUACGAACGUGUUCUCGUACCAGUCGUCGAACGAUUCCAUCGAGACUAGAAGCGACCUAGGCUCCACGCAGGAACCAACGAUUCCAGUCGACAAGUUCUCCCAGUACACUGACAAAAUGUUACCUUACACAGUGUCUAAAUACAGAGAGGACGACUCGUCGCCCAAGAGCGACAUCGACAUCCACAGGGAACUGGAGAAACUGGAUAAGAUCUCUUCAGCGCAAGUGCUGCCAGACUCGGCCCUCGAUCUUCCUCAAAAAGACCUGACCUCGAUCCCUUACAUCACUAACGCGUCACCGUUCAAGGACAUAUCACCGUUAAGAUAUUCUUCUAAACCAGUCCAGUACGACUCCUCGCCCAUGAAAAGCUCCUACGAUCCCUACAAAUCCUUCGACUUCAAAUCGAAACUGUCGCCAAAACACGCGUCGACCAACCCCUUCGUGGCAGCCUCCUACGACAAACCCAUCAUAGAGCCCGGUUUCGAGUACAUCAACCAUAAAACCGAGAUCUCGAUCAACGCUUACGAUUUGCACUUGAAGAGCCCGAUGAUGACGAAAGAGUCGCUGGAGUUCCGCGUGAGAUACGACGACGAUCCUGCCAGAGAAGUCAGCACCGACUACAUGUCUCUUCCGCCGGAUAACAGACAGAUAACGAGUUCGAAAUCUCCUUAUUACAGCAACGGUAACAGCGAGCCAUUGACGCCCACCAAGUACAUACCCAAGGAGAAGAGAUAUUUAGACACCACUGGGUCCGCUUUCUUGGAGUAUUCCACCGAAUCUUCAGACAUUCUUCGUCGCAAAUACAAUCCACUGUCACCCGAAGAGUAUUCCCAUGGGACAGGCAUAGAUUACGAUAGGCACUUGAGCGCGUUACCUUCGAUAGAUCCAGGCUCUGACAUAGGAUCGUAUUUGCCGACGAAGCGUCUGGACUACCAUCCUUUGUCGCCUAAUCGUCAGUUCACCGAUCAACAUUUUCCAUCUGCCGCGAACCACUACGCCUUGAAGCUGUCCCCGGGUCUGAUCGACGAGACCAAACGACCAGUCUCGCAUCCGGAGUUUCCUGGUAAGAUAGCUGUCGGUAGCUACGCGGAACUACCCGACAGAGGAGGAUCCAGUUAUCAGACGUCCUCUCUGAGUCUGGGUAACAUCGGACACUCGAGCAAAGGUAUCGAGAAUAACUACAACACGCUGAUCAGCCCGAAAUCGCAGUUCACUCCGUUUCCGAUCAGAAACGCUCCUAGGAAGCCCAAAGAGCUCACGCUCAAGCUGGGUCUCUACUCGCCGAAAGAUCCUGACGCGGGUCAAUUGAAAAGGUCAUAGUCUAAGACUGCGAGAAUGUUCUGCUUCAGGUUCACCCUCUUUGUCCCAUUCGAAGGGGCUCUAUUAAAUAAGCGGCUCAUCGAGAUGCAGGGAGUCGCUAGCAGCGAUUCCGAUAUUAACGAAGCGGGCCUAAAUCAUCGUUUCCGAUUAGGGUCGUGAGAGGUACGAUGUUAGGAAAAGACGUCGAGUUGUUAACAAAAUUUUGUUACCGAGCGUAAGCAAAACGUAAGGGAGAUACGUUCGAAGGUAGAAACUGUGUGUUUGGCAGCAUGUAACGAGACUUUGAAACGUCACGGCGCAAACAUCGCUCAACAGGAUUAACGUUGAACACGAUUAUCACGUACUGUAUCGCAUACUUCCCUCCCCCGCCCAUUAGCUUUAAUCAUUAACUCCGUUUUUCCGAAUGUUUAUAGUCUAUGAACGUUGACUAAUUACGAACGUUUUUUACGAGCUCUGCUUGAAACGGCUUCGAAAACCUCCCUCGAGAGAGGAAGAGAGAAACUGCUUGCGGAAAUAAUAGCAUUUAAAGAUCCAGCGCGGAACGUACACGCAUACAUGCAAUUUCUAAUGCGAUGCCUUCAAUCUCCCUCCAAUCUCGCGAGGAAAAUCUCGUUAUCACGUCUCGAUUGUUCAGUAAAUUGCGAUAAGUAGCCUCGAUGCGCGCACGAAGCCUAGAGAAAAAGAAAAACGAAGAAAAAAAAAAAAAUAAAGCAAGUCGUUGCAAAAUGCCUUCCAUUCCGCGGUUCGCUUUACUACAGUGAUCUCGCAUGCGAUCGUAAAUCACGACACUUGAUCGCGAGACCGCGGCAAACGUGAAAUUUCCACCGAGGAGAUACACCGUUCUAUCGCGAGAGAUUGUAUGAAAUUAUCGAAGUUGUUACGUAAAGGAUUCGCGAUAGAGCUUAAUUUGUCCGUACGUUUUGCGUGGAGCCUAGUCGCGCAGGUCUGUAACGUUCGAAGGGGGAAAAUGUGCACCAUUACGAGUCACGGACACGAAAGGGGAGUGACAGACAAACAAAUUGUAAAUAACUAUAGACGUUAAUUGUACAUUAACAAACUAAAAAAAACUUCAGAGUCGCUCGAGAUCUUUUUAUAUAAAAUAAAAGUAGUAUUUUUAGAUGUUUCUAAUAAGAUGAUAAUCCUCGUGUUAUCGCCGUCAUUACACGUAUAUGAGCUUAGCCGAGCUAUGCUUAUCCGUAAGAACGUCGUUCUUCUCGCAGAUCUCUCUUCAUUCCUGUUCGGAGACGAUCGAACGAGUCACACGAUCGUGAAAACAAACUUGCAGCAAUUACGAUUAACUACGAAUACUUGUACGUUUGAGUGCGCUAAAGACACGUGAACUUUAAGGAAACUGUAUCGUAUUGUUUACCGCGUUUUAGCAUCACGUUUACGUAGAGAUGGAUUGUUUCAACGCACUGGAAAUUUAUUGAUAAUCUGCAUCCUGAGUACACCGAAUAUUAAAACAACUUGGAACAUUUCUUUGCCAUUUGUCGACCAGACGGUACUAGACGAAGAGCUGGCUGUGCAAUAUUUAACAUUUUAUCGACAAAAUUUAGUAAUAUUCAACUACUGGCAGACAAGGCUAAAGGUGCAUACGACUCGUUAACAUUAACGUAAUUUUGACAAAGAUAAAAUUUUGUUUGCUAUACGUAUGCAUUACUUGGUGGUUUAUAUAUAAAAUACCAGAGUAAAAUUCCGUUGCUAAAGCUAUGCCAGAAGUAGUUGGAAUGUGUAAUAUGCUUAAUAUGAACCAAAGCGGCUGGCGGCGCUUAAUUUUACCGUGAAAAUUAUUCGAUGUACGCCAUUUUAAGAAGGCUAUAUAUUUUUUAGCCAACUUUAACUAGUGAUCUACAAAUAAAAUAAGAGAACAAAACUAUACAAGAUUCACAAUUAUUCUUGCUCGAGGUAACAAAUUCCCCCAAUAAAAUGACGUUAAAAUUUACGUAGCCAGCUCUUAGUUUAUAUCACAAAUUACGUCGCCUCUCUAAAUAUUGUGAAACUUAUUUUCAUUGGCUUGCAUAGCAGAACAGGCGUUCGUAAACCAUUACGUCCAUUUUACCUAGCGGCAAGUAGAGUCGUCAAUUCGUCGCUCGAUGCAUGCAGAUUUUUAUACGCCCCAUUUAGGCUCGAGACAGUCCAUUUGUUCUGUAGAGAAAUACAAGAAAACUACGACAAAAUUUCUGGAAUAGCUGCGUUAAUGUGCCUCUGAUAUCACACUCUGACAAGUUUCGAUGAAAUUACAACGACGUUUCAAGAUUCUCUGAAACAAAUGGCCGUUCGUGGCCGCUUCAACCACCGUGAGUUAUGUAAAGAACAACUGUUACUUUUACUCCGUGUUAACGUGGCUCUGUUCUCAAUGCCAAAAUUUGGAAUGAUUUGUGGUACAGUGGUCGUGAACAGUUGUUGCUCGCUUGUCUCGACGUGGACGAGUACAUUCGCAACCAUACUUCUAGGAGAGAUUUUUUGCGUAUCUACACUGGCUUCUGUGCAACUUAUCAAUUCACCGCGAAGAAAUAUUGAAAAAUGCAGUUUCCGCGAACAUCGGACACCGUAGAUCCCUGCACGCGAAGCUUUUGCAGCAACUUUGCAUUCGUCUGAAUGAUGUACACUUCUCUCCCGCGUAAGAAAUCGUCGUAUAGUACAUGAACGGGGCACAGUGAUCAACGAAAAUGUUCGUACAGUGCGUAUGUUCCGAUUUCUCGUUUCGAAACGUUGUUAUUUAAUGCGUUAAGCGGAAUCGAUAUUGUGGCUUGUGUCAAAAUUGAUAUAAAACUCUUGAUAAGCAUGACUCAAAUGAAAUGACACACGAUUUACACAUUUCAGAAAUAUUUGACAAUCCAUAAUCCAUAAUCCAUACUAUCAAAUUUAAAAAAUAAAACGAUGACAUAAAAUUUAAUACUCUCGUAAAAAUAAAGGUUUAAAAUACUUUUGUAAUCGGGUGUCGUUUCUAAAUAAAUUCUAUAUUUUCGUUCAAGGGACGUCACAAAAUUUUAUUCUACAUUUGGAAUCUCAGAAAGGAAUUCUGACCCUCGAUGCGCUUAAGCUACUUGUUCCGGAGAUACUUCAAAUGAAAUAAUAAAUUAUACACGAGGCAGCUUCUAUACUGGCUAAGAACUGAGUUGAAUGUAAGGAAACUUUACCAACAACUUUAUCUGACCCUCUUUUCCAUAACGCGAACAGAUAUAUGUGCUCUCAAUAUCAGUUUAUCGAACCUUUAUAUAAGAGAAAUGCUGUUUCCGUAUUCUAGUUCGAUUUAUAUCUCUGAAGCUAUAAUUCGACUAGAACUAAGUAUCUUAAGAAUGCAUAGCUUAUGCUGUCUCAAACGAGCAUCUUUAUUUUACAGGUAUAUAAUUUUUUUUGGUCUGUUUACGUAGAAUAUCUCCGUAAAUUUUGUGGCGCUCCUUUAAAACCACUCUCUGCAAUAAAUGACUCGUUAGAAGAAACAAUGGUCAGCCUGAUUCACUCGCGAGCAAUUAAAUCGUAAAACGACUAGUUCGAACAUACUUCACCGGGCGAAUAUUUCCAUUGUUCGCAUUGUCUGCGACUUCGAGCGAGAUAUUUUCGUGGAAACGGGACAAAAAGGCGAGGAAUCGCCGUGGAUUCGCCGUCACGUUCAUCCGCUGACGCGCGGCCAAAUUCAGUGAACCGGAUCGUAGGUUCGGAAAGCCUGUGAGGAAUAGAAAGUAUUCGUAAAGGUGCUUUAACGAGGCAUUGGCGCGUUCCACCGAACAAAGGUGAAACUAUCUAGAUGUAGGGUAGCUGAUAAGGAAUCGAUGAUAGCGUUGUUCGUUGUGUCUUGUAAAAUGAUCGUUUUCGAAAACCAACAUGAACGAAUCGUCGAUCAAGUUCUCCGAUUUCGGUUCACGGAACGUUCGUAUAUUCGGUUCGUUUCGGUUCCAGGAAGGGCUGGGGAAAUUUUAUUCGCGAAUAACGAAUGCACGGACCAACUUCCAUUUACCUUUCAUUCGUAAAUUAAAGUCCUUUCAUGGAUUUUUUUAAAUCCACAUUCAGACGAGUCGAAGCUAUGGCCGAAAGCUCAAGAAGCUUCUAUUUGUUACUCGCGAAUGAAAUUUGCCCGACUUUGAGUUCCAGGCAACUUCCCGGAUGCAUCAUUCUCGGACAAUACACAUAUUCUCUGUUCGUUUCAUUUCCUCUUUUUUUGUAAGAUUGCUUCUGUAACGCGGAAGUAUUUUUCGAACCGUACACUUAACGCGAAAUCACGCGUAGAGGCAGAGUUUUUUCUACAGGGAUAGUCGAUGACGAGGCGUGUCGUAAUAAUUUAAGGAGAAACGAGAGUGGUCGAGUGCGCGUCGUCCUCGAGAAUGGCGAACGUUUUGAACGUCGACGCGACAAGGGCACGCGAAUCCUAUAAAAGAAGUCAUUUAUAAAGAAACGUUAUAUUUACAAAAAGGGUAUGUAUGAAGUUGUUACGUGACGUUUUGUGAGAAUUGUUGUAAAUACCUGUCGGUACGAGUCAUGCCAGAUAUAAGACUGUAUAUUUGAGGAGCAUAGAAGUAUAAGUCGUUACUAAUAAAUAAACUGAAUAAAUAUA